AUGCCGUGCGUGCUGGGAGCGGGGCGGCCGCGGCGGACCUGCGUGGUGGCGCAGAGGCUGCGGUGGCGCGGCAUGGCUCGAUGGCGUGGAGGAGAAGCCGUUCGUGCGGCGGGUGAGGCAGCUCGAGCGGCCAUGUUGCUUGCGUCAGGACGCGGCAUGUGCGUGAGCCGAGGGUGUGUGGAUCAUCGGAGGAGAACGCGUCGAGUGGAGCGCAGGACGGCCGCGUCGAUCACGUCAGUGCGUGAUCGUGUGUGCGAGCCGGGGCGUGCAGGGCGUGGCGUCAUCGAGGUGCUCGGCGUUUGUCCCCGUUGAAGAGGACAACCGGCGUAGGUCGUCGGAGCUGGAGAACGUCAGGCGUGCGUCGCCGGACAAGGAGCUCGGCGUGUGUCGCCGGAGACGAAAGGAGACAUUCAAGGCGAGGGUCGACGGCGUGUCGUGUGAAGAUUAGGGGGGAAAAUGUUAGCACUAAUCUUGACAGAUGCGCGUGUGACCGGGUCGU